AAAAAACCAACUUGUAAUUAACUACCAUAAACCGUUCCAAAAUUUGCCAACACUUAAAACUCCAUUUCGACAUCUAACCUUAACAAAAAAAACAAAAAAAGUUCAGGCCAUGGCUUCCAUACUCAUUACAUGUCUUCUUCUCAUGUUCAUCGCUUACUUUGAACCAACAUUACCCGCAACAGUCAUAGAAGACCUUGCAAAUUUACACCCACCCUCCAAUUUCAACACCACCAUCGUUUCAAACUGUUUAAAAAACCCAUCUCUAAGGUACUGUGGUUCAUCUCCUAUGGACCUUGAUGCCAUCUUUAAGUUCACCAUUGUGGCUAGUCACCUAUGUAAUGAGUCGAAGAAUCCCAACUGUGUCGAAUCGUUCCCUAAAAUCAAUCUUCGAAACCGUCCUAAGAUCACCCCACUUUACUUAUCCUUCACUUUUUUUUGGAAAUACUGCCCCGUUACUAUACUUUCCAUUGAUCUUUCUAAUAAUUCUCUGAAGGGUACUUUCCCUAUUGAUGUUUUGUUUUGUACACAAAUCCAUGUUCUUGAUUUGAGCCAUAAUGGACUUUCAGGGGAUGUCCCAAUCCAAAGGUUGUCCUGUGUCACUAAUCUUACCAUUCUUAAUCUUUCGUAUAAUCAUUUCUCGGAGAUUAAGAUAUCAGAUUCUUGGUUCUUCAGACGGUUUAACUCUUCAUGUUUUUUUAACUCUGGGAUCUUACCGAGUCAUGGGAGGUAUAAGAUAAAGGCUGUGAUGUUAUUGCUUGGGUUUCCCUUGGUUGUUGUAUUCACGGUGGGUGGCUUGUGGUGGUUGUGUUUUCGAAGGCCGGAUUUCUUACCGAGAGUGCUUCAGAACGAGCGUAAGUUCACAACCGUAAUGUUGAAAGCGGCCACCAACAGAUUCUCGAAGAAGAAUAUGGUUGGAAAAGGAGAUGGUUUCGUUAUGUAUAGAGGGAUCUUAAGGGACGGAACUCAAGUGAGGAUCGAAAUCUAUUCGAAUAAUAGGGGAAACCAUAGGGAGUAUGUUGAGGAAUGCAAAGUUUUGGUUCAGUUGCGCCAUAGGAACUUGGUGAAAGUUUAUGGUUGGUGUAGUAAUCGGAACAUAAGGGCCCUUGUCACUGAAUGGAUCGGCCGAGUGAGUAUUGAGACGUGGUUGUCAGAAUCAGCUCCGUGCUGGAAACAUAGGUACAAAGUAUUGGUGGGAGUUCUGAAAGCAAUGUGUUAUCUUCACGAACAAUGGCCUGAGAUUGGUUGUGAUAUAAAAACAAGCAGCCUUUUGCUACAUGAAAAUGGAGACCCUUUGAUUGCACGGUUUAGGGUCGGCGAAAACAGCACCUCAAACAAAAUUCACAGGUUUGGGAUUUUGGUGCUGGAGAUGAUGACGGACCAAACACUGCAGGAAGAAUUCAAAGGGGACGAAACAGGGUUCGUUGAGUAUGUUAAAAUGCUGUACCCUAGAAAGUUGCAGAAGGUGCUUGAUGAGAGGAUGAAACUGACAGAGAAUACAUUUGAUGAAACCAGACAGACAAUAUGUAUUGGAUUAACAUGUGCAGAUCAUCAAACAUGUCAGCAACUUAGCAUCGGUCAGAUUUAUAACAUGAUCAUCAAAGUCCACCCUCGUACUAACACAUAUUAAAGAUACAAAUGUCAGUAAAAGUAUCAUGGAGGUCAUGUAUAAGUUAGAUUGCAUUUUGCCUCCACUAUUCAAAAAUGAGUUUUACUAUUAAAAAAUGAUCCUUAUACAUCAACAUAAGAUCCAGUUAUUCCAUCAGCCACAUUAAUUUUUAACAAAAAUGACCAAUUUGAUCUUUGAUUUAACAUAUAGAGACUAAUUUGCCCAUUUUUAGAGUAGAGGAGACAAAAUACAAUUUGACUCCGAAUAGAGAUCUCCAUGAUCAUUUUACCAAAUAUGUCAACAAAAUAAACU